AUCUUUAUGAUUGUGGCAGUCGAGCAUUGCUAAUUGAGUAUUAGCCAGCAGCAACGGAGCGACAUGGCGAAUGCAGGUGGUAGUAAGGAUCGUCGAGUUUUCGGACAAUGCUUGGCGUCGGCAGGGGCGACAAUAUUGAUCACGCAGACUGGAAUAAUGGGCGGCUGGACAUCGCCAAACAUGGCUCGGUUGACCGGCGAGAACGCAACGAUACCGCUGAGCCUCGAGGAGGCAUCCUGGGUGGCGUCCUGUCUGAACCUGGGACGGUUCGUGAGCGUGGUCCUCGUGCCGAUGCUGAUCGACCUGGCGGGCAGCAAGCGGACCAUCCUCCUGUCGUUCGUGCCCGUGAGUGUGGGCUGGAUCACGAUGAUGCUGGCCAACUCGGCACUGUGGCUGUGCGUCGCCAGGUUUCUCAGCGGCAUCACUUACGGCUUGGCGUACGGCUGCUUCUCGAUCUACCUGGCAGAGGUGUCGGUGGCGACCCUCCGCGGCACUUUCAUCUCCGUGGCGAUGAUCGGCUGGCCGAUGGGCACCCUGCUCGGCACGAUCGCCGAGACGUACCUGCCGAUGAGCGUGUCGAGCGGCCUGUAUCUGGCGCAGUGCCUGCUGGGCAUGGCGCUGCUGGCGUGGCUGCCGGAAUCGCCGCAGCACUUGGUCAGAGCCAAGGACAGCGAGGGCGCGCGUAAGGCGUUCGGCUGGUACCGGGGCGGCAUCGAGGCCGAGGUCGACGCCGAGCUGAGCGCCAUCGCCAAGAUCGUCGAGUCCAGCGCGCAGAUGGACGGCGGACUCGCGAGCCGAGUGCAGCGCCUCGCGUCCGGCCGCGUGCGCAAGUCGCUGCUGCUGGUGGUGGCGCUGUUCAGCCUCCAGCAGAUGUGCGGUCUGUUCGACGUCGAGUUCUACAUGGAGACGAUCCUGACCAAGGCCAGGUUGUUCUUGAUCGAGCCGCGGGAGGCGGUCAUCUGGGCGAACCUCGUGCUGCUCGUUGCCACCGUGAUCUCCGUCAACCUGCUCGACAAGCUAGGCAGGCGGCCGCUGCUGGUCGCCUCGAGCCUGGGGGUGGCACUGGCGAUGGCGGGUUUGGGCCUGCACUUCCAGCUGUUCGGCCGCUCGGACGUCGAGGCGGGCUCGGUGCCGCAGUGGCUGCCCCUGGCCUCGAUCGCGCUGUUCACCGUCACCUUCACCGCGGGGUUCAUGUCGGUGCCCAGCACGGUGCUCAGCGAGAUCUUCCCGGCCGACUUGAAGGGCUCGGCCGCCUGCGUCUGCAGCCUCACCUCGGCGCUCUUCGGCUUCCUCGCCUCCAAGUCCUAUCUGCCGACGGUCGAGGCGGUCGGCGAGGCCUACGUGUUCUGGGCGCACGCGGCCUUGUCCGCGCUGGCCGCGCCUGUCGCUCUCUUCCUCAUGCCCGAGACCAGAGGCAAGAGCCUCCAAGAGAUCCAGGCCAGCCUCUGAGGUGGCGCGUCGACCGAUCGCUAGGUCGUCGACCGUCCCGACCGGGCGAGCCCCCGCGCGCGACCAGUGGAUGGCAGUCUGCCAGCCGACGCCCGGCGUAAUCUCUCUCCGUUGCGCGUCUUGGCCGAUGUAUACGACGACUGACGAAGGGCUCGAAUAAACAGGAGGCGGCGGCCCAAUUAAAAGCCGUGCGCCGC